UCGGGCUCCCUCCCUCUACCUCCGACGUCGAACGGCUUGCGUCCUCCCCCUCUGGGCAACGUCGGUGGGUGUGACUGCGCAAGCCUUGGCUCGAGAACAGCACCCGGAUUCAAACGGACCUCGAGUUGAUCACCCGCCGAUCGAUCUUCCGACCGGAACGAACAGAAGCGAUGGCCUGCGAGUGUGCUGACGAGCGCAUGUUGGGCGAUACCAAGUACACCUACGUGGGCCCGACGCAGGGCGCCUACGAGCAGGUCACCGAGCUGAAGUACGUGGGCGAAGGUCAGGGAAGCAUCAACAAGGAGCAGCAGAUUACCGUGAAGAAAGGUGUCCCAUGGGCCUGGUGCGUCCUACUGUUGCCGCUCCUGGUCCUGCCCUUCCUGCCCUUCUGGUUCUUCCGCCACCAAGCCUCCGCACCAGUGACGCCGGUGCCGGUGCCACGGCAGACCACCCCACAGGAGGUCAUCGUCAGGCACCAUUUCCUCACCCGGACCCACGACGUGCACGUGCCGGUGCCGGUGCCUGGACCCGACCACGUGGUCUACGACAAGGUCUACGCACCCCAUGCGCACUUCAGCUGCGCCAACGCGGAGCUCAGCGAUUCCUCCGAGACCUACUGGAGCGCAAAGCACAAGGCUUGGUGCUGCUGGAAGUUCAGCAUUGGCUGCCCCUCCCAUGUGGUGACCCAGGACAAGUUCAUCCACGUGCAAAAGACCCACGCCGUGCCUGUGCCGCAUUACUACAACGUGCCCAUCCCCUCGCCUCCCUCGAAGCCGAUCUACGAGAAGACCUACAUCCCCACCGCGCCGUUGCCGCCCAAGCACGUGCCGGUCCCAGUGAAGAUCCCCGCCAAGAUUCCGGACCCCAUCGUUCACUACAAGUACAAGGCGGUUCCGCAGCCCUACAAGGUGCCACACGUGGUCUAUGACAAGCAGGAGGUGCCUGUCCAUGUGACCGUGAAGAAGUACGUGAAGGACUACGUGCCCCAGCCUCCUGAGAUCAUUCACCGCACCCACACGGAGUACGUGCCGGAGCAAAGCUACGACUGCGACGAGGGCUUCGAGCACUGGGAAGACGUGUGGAGCGUCGGUCAGCGAAGGUUCUGCUGCUGGAAGGCCAACCGCGGAUGCGCACAGACCCACUACAAGACCAAGACGCAGGUGAAGACCCACAUCAAGUACGUCAAGGUCCCGGUGCCUUCGCCCCCAAAGAUCAUCGUGCGCCACCACGAGGUGCACCCACACCUUCAAAGCUUCGACUGCACCCAGGGCUUCAGCAACUGGUUCCACGGAUGGUCUCCUUUGAAGAAGAAGUACUGCUGCGCGCACGAGAACCGCGGCUGUCCCGGAGCGGCCCACGGUCACAUGUCGGUGACGGUGCAUACGGUGCACAUGGCCGGCGCGGGCAAAGCCACCGGGAAGAUCUACGAUUGCAACGCCGGCUUCGACAACUGGCUGCAAGGCUGGUCUGAUUCCAAGAAGACCUGGUGCUGCGAUAAGGAGCAGCGUGGCUGCGUGAAGCAUCACUGCUAUUCCGGAGAGAUCUCCACCUGGAACCAGGACAAGCGGGACUGGUGCUGCAGCAACUACCAGCGAGGCUGCGCCCACACCACCCUGUCACCCCUGGGCUGCGAUGCCGUUUGCACCCUCCAUGGAGAGUCUUCGACCUGCAAGGAUCGCAUGGCCUGGGUCCAGGAGCACGUCUUUGGAAGCCAAGACAACUCUUGCAACCUCGCCUACAGCAAGGUGCAGGUGGAUUGUUCCGUGUGCCGCGCUUGCUCCAUCGGGGCUGCAGGCUGUGAGAUCAUCCAGGGCACUGCAAAGGCCGCCUUUGACUGCAAUGCGGCGCUCAACAACUUCUUCAGGGCUUGGUCUCCUCCCAAGAAGCAGUGGUGCUGCAGCAAGGAGGGCAAGGGCUGCGAGGGCAACAGUCCUCCAUCCGUGGACCCUGGCUUCGGCAUGAAGUGGAAGCACGUGCAGGUGAACGGCUUCUGGACCUGGAUGGCCAUCCACGUCUCCGGCGCGGGGGGCACCGUGGCCGUACCCCCGAAGCUGCCUUAUGACUGCCACGCCGGCCUGGCCAACUGGAAGUUGGGCUGGUCCGACGGGAAGAAGGGCUGGUGCUGCUCCAAUCAGAAGAUGGGCUGCCCCGGCAGCGCAGGUGGCAUGGGCGCAGGUGGUGCCGCAGGCGCCGCCGGAGGCUCCUACACCGUGCACACCAGCUGGUCCACCCAUGGGUUCCCACCCUCCGCUGCAGCUCAUGGCAUGGAGUGGCAUUGGGCCGGCAACCACUGGUCUCAGAUCCACAUGGCCGGCCAUGCCGCCUUCCACUGCCAUGGUGCGGUGGCCGCCAUGCCAGAGGCUCAGAAGAAGUGGUGCUGCCUCAACGAGGGCCUUGGCUGCCAGUGAGUGCCAGCUCCGGUGCUGAGCCGCCGGCAGCACGAAGGAACACGCGGCGCGGCGCGAAGGUGAUAAACCAUGCAUCCACCCUAAGUAGCGUCCUUGCUCCUAGUAGAAUUGGCCUCCAACCUGGUAGCGAUGGC